UAUUGCAAAUUCUAAAAGAAGUCACUUUUGAUUUGCUACUCGACAUCCAAGGAAUUGACACAGACUCACAGUUGACCAACGACCCGACUCUACCCUACCCUACGUCACAAGACUCACAGUGUUAAUAAAUGCAAGAUACUCAAGCUAACACUGUGUAGAUUUUCGGGCCAACCCGGCGUCGGAAAUAUUUACCUCGAAUUGGCCGGUCGGCCGUACGCUUCGCACCAGCUGCUCAAGCUUACACGGGGGAGCCAAUCUACACAGCAAUUGACCGCGAACACCAUGGGUUUGAGCUCGUCCAAGCCCGCCGGGGACUCACAUACGUGGUCGGCAUCGUCGCCCGUAGGCGUGUCCCAAGAUGUCAUCGGCUCUCUACAAUCGAACGGCGAGUCCGACCUAGCCCGGGCGCAGAGACUCGAGCUCGCCGUGCAAGCCCGCGUAUCCGAAGAACUCAAGAAGCUCUCAACCCAAGAAAGCGCAGCGCUGAAAGAGACGCUCGCAAAAGUAUCCGAGAUAACCAGCGGGGACGCGCAAGGCGACAGGCAGACGGUGUCGGCCGAGGUCGAGGCCCUCCGCGCGCGCCUCGACAAGCGGAAACAGCUACGUCCGCUCCCCGAGAGCGUCGAGAAGGCCCGCGGCGACGUCGUCCGGUGCCUGACGGAGAACGACCGUCGGCCGCUGAACUGCUACGAGGAGGUCGAGGCGUUCAAGGAGGAGGUGCGCAAGCUCGAGAAGAGCUGGGUUGACAAAGUCGUGCGAUGAAAGGCCUUCAA